AUGGAAAACGCCAUUGGACUUGUUCGUGAUGAUGAUGGAAUCUGGAGAGACCGAGAGGGUCAUGUGUGCAAUGAGAGAGGCCAGCGACUUGAUGGACAGGGUAACAUCAUCAGGACGCUGGGUGACUACAACAGGCCUGAGCAAUUCUAUGCAAAUCGGUCUGCGAUUCGCGCUCCUGCGUUUCAGAGGAAUGAUUUUGAGCUCAAGCCUGUGUAUUACACUCUCGUGGGUCAGCAUCCUUUCCAUGGUCUUUCUCAUGAGCACCCUAUGGAUCACAUCGAGAGGUUUGAGGACUUGUUGGAGCCAGGAUCACUCACUACUUGGGAAGAGACCAGGAAUGCUUUCCUGCACAACUUCUUCGAUGAUGCUAGGUCUGAGGAGUUGAGGACGAAAAUUUCGACCUUCUCUCAGGAACCAACUGAAGCGUUCAAAGCUUCCUGGGUGCGAUUCAAAUCGUACCAGCGAGACUGUCCCCAUCAUGGCUUCAGCGAUGUGCAGUUUCUGGGUAUUUUCUUUAGAGGUAUCGACUGGAGGUAUCAGAUGGCUCUUGAUGCAGCGAGCAAUGGAAACUUCAACACCAGAUACCCAGACGAAGCUGUUGAGCUCAUCGAAAACUUGGCAUUUAGCAAUAGUACCAAGAAUGCAGACUAUCAGCGAAGGAAGCAGGCUGGGAACCUGGAUGGAUCGCAAAUUGCUGAGGUGAAGGCUAAGCUUGACUCUGUGCAUAGUCUUCUUGUGGGUAAGAAAUCUGGUCAGAGAUUUGGUUCUGGGCAAGGGAACACGAAUUACAAUGGAAAUAAUCAGAGGAGUACCUUCACAGGUAAUCAGAACUCUUCUGGUUACAGCUCCAAACCUCAGUACCAGACAUCCUACUCCAACAACAGGUUUUCAAGGAACUAUGGUUCUCUUCCUACUCAAACUCCAGAUAAUGAGGUGAAGUCUAUGCUGGAACAGAUUUUGGAAGGUCAGCAGAAGAUGACUGUAGAUUUCAAUGGGAAGAUUGAUGCUCUAUAUCUGGAUCUGAAUGGAAAAAUUGAAGUUCUGAACACUCAUGUCAAGAAGCUUGAUACUCAGGUUGCUCAGACUGCAGAGUAUGUAAAAAGGCAAGAAGGAUUCCUUCCUGGGAAGACUGAUACCAAUCCUAGGCAUUACUGCAGUGCCAUCUCGUCAAGGAGUGGUAAAAAGUUGACUCCUGUGCUGAAAAAGGGUGUUUCUGAGGAUGAAAUCGUGGAGUUUGACGAAUCUGAAAAAAAUUUCGAAACUGCAGAGCCAGUGUCGAGCGACACCACAACCAGUGUCGCGCGUCACCAAUUGCAGAGCAAAGCUAAUAUUGCUCAAAGUCCGAAAUCUGCUGAGGAAAAAGUUUACAAACCUAAGAUUGCUCCUACUCUCAGACACUAUGUGAAGAAGAUGGUGACUAAUAAUGUGGGUCAUGAGGAAGGAGCGAUGAUGAUCUCUGAACAUGUCAGUUCUGUGAUUCAUAAUAAGAUUCCAGAAAAGCUCUCGGACCCAGGAAGUUUUGUUUUGGACUGCUCUAUCUUCUCAGAGAGGUUCAAGAGAUCGCUGUGUGAUCUUGGUUCAAGUGUCAACCUCAUGCCACACUCUGUAGCUGUUAGCCUUGGGAUGACUGACUUCAAGCCAACUAAGAUCUCUUUGAUCCUAGCAGAUCGGUCUAAAAGAAUCCCAAAAGGUGUCUUGGAAGAUGUUCCAAUCAAAGUUGGUGAUUGCAUAAUUCCUACAGAUUUCGUGGUUCUGCAAUAUGGAGAGGAACCCAAAGAUCCUCUUAUCCUGGGAAGAUCGUUUUUAGCUACAGCUGGAGCGGUGAUUGAUGUCAAGCAUGGUAACCUUGAUCUCCACCUGGGAGAUACCAUCAUGACUUUCAAGAUGGAGAAGCUGAAGGAUCCCACCAUAGAUGGUCAGACAUUCCAAGUCAGUGCAAUACCUGAAGUGAUAGUUGGAGAUCAGAACGUGUUUGAUGCUGAGAAGGUGAGAGAUCAACCAGAGUUGACGAAAACGUCUACAGAACCAAUGACUGCUGUUGAUCAGGAAGCUCCAAACAUUGCACUCCAUCCAUCUCCACCAAAGCAAAGGUACGCACCUCUUGAGCCUAAGCCUAAUUCUCGUGAUAUCAUUGGAACUGAUUCAAAGGAUGCAGGCUCUGUCUCACGACGCAAGCUACGAGAUUAUCGUAGAGCACUUGGUUUUUCGUUUGAUGAUAUUGCAGGGAAUAAGUCAAGGCCACCCAAACACAGAUCUCACCCUGGUGCUAUUCCUGCAUUCCUUGGACGACCUCAUGCGCACAACGCUUACACACCACCAUGGAUGAGACGAAUUUCACAGAGACACUCUUUGCCACUGUCUGAUCCACCAGAUGCAUAG